AUGACUGGCGGAAGAGGUAGAAGAAUUGGUGCCAAUAACUCAACUGAUGAAAUUGCACAUGCAAUUCACCGAUUGGUCGACGCUAUGCAACCACAACAGGUGGUGCUACCACAACCUGCGCCACGACCAGUCACCAUGGAUGAUUUCAUGAGGCACAAACCAGCCAAGUUCAAUGGCAAGGCCAUUCCUGAUGACGCAGAUGCGUGGAUCAGGGAGUGCGAGAAGAUAUUGCAUAUACUAGCUUGCUCGGAUGAACAGAAACUGGCAUAUGCUACUUUUCUCUUGACCAGGGAGGAAGAGGUGAGUUGGGAAAACUUCAAGAAGAAGUUCCUAGAAAAGUAUUUUCUGGAUAACGCUAAGCAUGGGAGGGAGGCUGAAUUUCUGACUCUACAACAGGGUAAUAUGACCGUAUAG